AUGCUCCAUUUGGGUGGUUCAGUCUUCUGGAUUAUCGUCACAGAGGGCAUCUUCGAUCAGCUGGAUGAAGAGUCCUGGUAUCCGAUCCCAACGCCUGGGCCAGGAACCUCAGCAUUUUUUCAUGGUGAGACCAGAAUCGGCCGGAGAGGCACGACACCGAGAGGACACGAUCCCCGGCUUUACAACGCAGCCGCUGCCAAGUGGAAAGAGAUCACGAAGAUUCACGAAGUGCUUUAUUUGGUGGAUCCGGACGACCCGAGCCAGUUCAUCACGGACUCGGAGAAGUCCGAGGAGCGGAGCAAGACGAAGCGGUAUCCCAGUGGAAGGGCCGGUGACCCCUUCCUGAGAAAGGAGUGGUAUGACAUCAAGGCAGCUCCCAGCAUGUUCUCGGUGCGCCAAUGUGGGAAGACAUUGGUCUCUCGAACCCAAGGCACGAAGAUCGCCACAGAGGAGCUGAAGGGCCGAGUCUUGGAGGCCCUCGGGCCCUCUGUGAACUUGGCCGACUUGAACAACGAUGAGGACCAAGCGUCCAAGAAGAUUCGCCUGUGCAUCGAGGAGGUGCAGGGCCGAAGCUGCCUCACCGACUUCCAUGGAAUGACGCUGACCCGCGACAAGAUUUGCUCGUUGAUCAAGAAAUGGCAGACCCUCAUUGAGGCCCAUGUGGACGUGAAGACCACUGAUGGCUACGUGGUGCGAAUGUUCUGCAUCGCCUUUACCAAGCGCCGCCCAGAUCAGGUGAGGGCCAACUGCUACGCCCAGUCGGCACAGAUCCGCAAGAUUCGUCGGAAGAUGGUGGAGGUGAUGCAGCAGGAGGCCUCGAAGGUCCAGCUGAGGGAGUUGGUCAAGAAGCUCAUCCCUGAGUCCAUCGGCAAGGAGAUUGAGAAGCAGGCCCAAGGCAUCUUUCCCUUGAAGGAUGUGCUGAUCCGCAAGGUGAAGAUCUUGAAAAAGCCCAAGUUCGACAUCACCAAGCUCAUGGAGCUGCACGGUGACGGUGGUGAUGAUGUGGGAGUUGAGAUGAUGCGUCCAGAGGCAGACGAUGCAGUGAACACUCUGACGGCAGAUGUGACUGCCGCGGCGGCGGAUGAGUGA